CCGGAAGUGCCGCUGUGGCCGGUGCCGGGGCCCGGCCAUGGCGGGGGGGGGCGGCUGAGGAGCCCGCUGCGGUGGGGGGGGGAGGCGGCUGCGAGCCGGGCCCCGGUGCCGCGGGGACGCCCCCGCCGCCGGCCAUGGCGGGCUCGGCGGGCUCCAACUGGGGCCUGAUCAUGAACGUGGUGAACAGCAUCGUGGGGGUCAGCGUGCUCACCGUGCCCUUCUGCUUCCGGCAGUGUGGCAUUGUCCUGGGAGCUCUGCUGCUGAUUUUCUGUUCUUGGAUGACUCAUCAAUCCUGCAUGUUCCUGGUGAAAUCGGCCAAUCUCAGCAAGCGCAGGACCUACCCCGGCCUCGCAUUUCACGCCUAUGGAAAAGCAGGAAAAAUGCUGGUGGAAACAAGCAUGAUUGGGCUGAUGCUGGGAACGUGCAUUGCUUUCUACGUCGUCAUCGGCGAUUUGGGGUCCAACUUCUUUGCCCGGCUGCUUGGAUUUCAGGUGUCGGGCAGUUUCCGGAUAGUCCUGCUCUUUGCCGUCUCCCUGUGCAUUGUACUUCCCCUGAGCCUCCAGAGGAACAUGAUGGCCUCCAUACAGUCAUUCAGUGCCAUGGCUCUGAUCUUUUACACCGUGUUCAUGUUCGUGAUCGUGCUGUCGUCCUUCAAGCAUGGCCUCUUCGGCGGGCAGUGGCUGCAGCGAGUUAGUUACACUCGCUGGGAGGGCAUUUUUCGCUGCAUCCCCAUCUUUGGCAUGUCUUUUGCCUGCCAGUCUCAGGUCUUGCCUACCUAUGAUAGCUUGGAUGAGCCAUCUGUUAAAAUCAUGAGCUCCAUAUUUGCUUCUUCCCUAAACGUGGUCACCACCUUUUACAUUACGGUGGGAUUCUUUGGCUACGUGAGUUACACUGAAGCCAUUGCUGGGAACGUCCUCAUGAACUUCCCUUCCAACCUCGUGACGGAGAUGAUUCGAGUGGGGUUCAUGAUGUCGGUAGCUGUGGGGUUUCCGAUGAUGAUCCUUCCGUGCAGACAGGCGCUGAACACCCUUCUCUUUGAGCAGCAGCAAAAAGACGGCACCUUCGCUGCUGGGGGUUAUAUGCCCCCGCUUCGGUUCAAAGCCCUGACGCUGGCUGUUGUGUUUGGAACCAUGGUAGGAGGCAUCAUGAUCCCGAAUGUGGAAACAGUCCUGGGCCUGACAGGUGCUACGAUGGGAAGCCUCAUUUGUUUCAUCUGCCCAGCACUUAUUUACAAGAAGAUCCACAAGAAUGCACUUUGUUCACAGAUGAUACUGUGGAUUGGCCUGGGAAUACUGGUUAUCAGUACGUACACCACCUUGUCUGCGACCGAGGACGCCCCUGUGAAGACGGAAGCGGUGGGCUUGGAGCACCUGGAGGGGGAGGAGACCAGAAUUGACCAGGAUCCGGUCAAAAUCCCAGAUCAGAACCCAGCAGUAGAGGAGGCGGGGGAUGACCGCGAUAAACCAAAGCUGCUGGAUGAGAAGGAGGAGAUGGAGCAGCCGCAAAUCAAGGUGCCCAUGGAGGUACCCAAGAGAGAGGAGGAGAGAGAAAAGCCGGAGGAGAAAGUGCAGCUUGACCGUCCCGACCAAGGGAUUGCCCUGCCCGUGGGGGAGGCACAUCGCCACGAGCCACCUGUCCCCCACGACGAAGUGGUCGUGGACAUGGGGCGGGAGCGGGAGGAAUCCGAUGAGAACAAGCUUGUGCCCGGAGGAGCCAACGAGCGUCUGCUUAAGCCGGCGCUGGAGGAGCCAGCCGUGCCGAAUCCCCAGGAAGAGGCACUUGGCCCGAAACGAGGGAAGGAAGCGAUCGCUGAGAGCCAACUGCGGGGAGGGACUGACGGGCCCGUUAAAAAUCCAAAGAACGUCCUGGAGGUGAUCGUGCAGCAGGAUGGCAGGCUGCCAUACAAAGAGCUGGAGCCAGACAAACAAGCGCUGGAAGCCAAAGCGCAAGCUGCCGUGCCGGACGGUGAGAAGAAAGCUGAGGCCGCAGGUGACAGGGAGAAAUCAAAGCUCCAGCUCCCCAGGAAAGCAGAGGAGGCUGCGAAGUCUGUGGAGAAGGAAGCCGACCUUGGUGAGAAGCAGGAGCUGCCGCUCCCGGAGCGAGCGGAUCAGCUGGAGCCGCGGGAGCCCCGAAACACCGAGGAGAAGCAACAGGAGAACGCGGAGAGCAAGCUGGAGGAAGCGGGGCCGGCGAACCUGCUUGAUCAUGCUGUGCUGCUGCAGGUGAUCAAAGAACAGCAGGUACAGCAGAAGCAGCUACUUGACCAGCAGGCAAAACUGCUGGCCGUGAUUGAAGAGCAGCACAAGGAGAUCCACCAGCAAAGGCAAGAGGAGGGAGGAGAGGAGAAGCCAAAGCAAGCGGAAACGCAGCAGGAGCCCGCCGUGCCUCUCUCCAGGAGCAAGGAGGACGAGGGCCUCGGAGCUAAACAAGAAGCUGCUGCAAAGCUGCUCAGCAAAGAGCUGUUGGAGCACCCCGCGCAGAGCCCGGGCCGGCAGCCGGCUGACUCUGCCGAGCAGCGCAGGGGGGCUGCAGGAAAGCUGGAAGAGGCUGGGCCCAGGCGUGAGAUUCCUGGGGUUCCUCCCAAGGAGCGGAAGGUGCUGCCACAGGAGAAUGACAGAGCUGUUAAAAAUCCCGCGGAGAACUGGGAUCCCCUUCACGGGGAUGCCCAACACAUUCCAGCAGCCAGAAACCACCUAGAAAAGAAACCCUUGGCGGAGGAUUUGGGAGGAGAUCGUGAAGCCAAAGCUGGAAGAGACGUCCACGAGAAGAAGAAUUCCCUGAAAGCCGUGGAAGUAGCUACAGCUCCCAUCCAAAGAGAACAGUUGGGGGCUGCCAAAGUUCAGGGAAAGAGUCUGGAAAGAGACUCAGGAAUAGACCUUAAAGCCAAAGCACUGAGUCAGGUGGAGCCCAAAGACCUGGCAGUCGUGCUGGGCUCCUCCAGAGCGGCCGCGAGCGAGCGGCGCCUGCGGGAGCGGCAGCGAGGUGAGGGAGCUGAGGGUGCUGGCGGGCGGGGGGACCUGGGUGGCCAAGGGGACACGAAGGAGGAAGCUCCGCGGGAGAACGUGGCGGAGGUGGCCCAGGAGCCGCAGGGAGGUGUGCGGGGCAAGCAGAGGCACGGGGGCGGGGGGGUCUCCGAGGACGCCGAGAAGAAACCAGGCCCUGAGAGAGGAGCAGCUGCCCAGGGCGACCAGAAGCAGGACCACGACGUCAAACCGAACCGGGACCUGAAACUGCAGGCGGACCUGGACCUGCGCCGGAGGAGACGGGACCUGCUGCCUCCCGAGGAGGAGGAGGAGGCUGCGCGGGGGGCGGGGGUCUUCAUCGGCCUGAACCCCCUUCCAGAUGUGAAAGUAAACGACCUCCGGAGUGCUCUAGAGACGCGAUUAAACCAAGUGGCGGAGGGGGCUCAGCAGGUGGUCCACAGCCGGCAGAUCAAGCAGAUGACGCAGGCGGACGGGAGCGUGUGAGCGGGGUGGUCGUGCUCGGUGGGUGGCUGCGGGUGUUGGCCGCAGGCGCGGGGGCUGAGGAGCUCGGCAGGGAAAGGUUCGGGUCAACCAGCUGUUUUUUUUUUUGACCACCGGUGCUCAGGCAGCGGUCGGCCUAAGCCAGCAGCACUUUUGCCGGACGCAGUGCUUAGACCCACGGGAUCUCCUCGGACCUGUGAGCACCGUCCAGGGGACGGUGGGCUUUUCCGAUGGGAACGCCUCCCCGCGCGUGCCUGCAGGUGGCUGAGGAGACGGCAACCACGGAAGAAAAGCUCCCGCUGUCCUCUGGCUUUCAGAGGUUGCCGCCUACCUCGGUCCCCUGCCAGGCCAGCUUUCAAGGACCUUUCUCAACAUCUCGUUCAUAUCAAAUUGCCUUCUCCAUCCGGCUUGCGAUUCCCCUUCCAGAAGCGAGGGGGUCCUCCGUGAGAUUCCCCUGCCCGCUGGCACCGGCGUCCCCCGUACCUGCCUUGGGUUGCUUGGCCCCGGCUCUGCGGGAGGAGGGGAACCGCGGAUCGCCUCCGGGAAAGGCUUUGUUCCGGAGAAGCAUCAAGUCAUGAGCUUGGGCCCAGCUUAGGCAAUUGCUUUGGUGUUUCUCUUGAAAUGGGAGCCGUUAGUCUUGCAUGUUUAGGAGAUAGUUGUGGUUUAGGAACCUAGUUUAGUAGAAACGCUGCCUUAAACGGGCACAACUGCUGCUGUUGUGCUGCCUCUACUCCCAGGGAUUUAAUUGGUUGGCCACACACUAGCAAUAACACGGAGCUUUGCUCUCGCCACCCUCCCCGGAUGCUCAACUCUCAUCUGUGCUUUCAAGCUUGACUUCUCCUGUCCAAAGUGCAUUAUGAAGCUCAACCCUGGGGGUUGCAGACUGCCCCCCUCCCCACCCCCGUCCCAAACCAGCUGGAUUUUUCUGCAAGAGAUGACUAAUUUGGGAACAAAAGACGUGGCUUAAAAGGGCGGACUCGGGGGCUUGGCUCAAGCAUACCUACCUCUUCUCUCUGUAACGCGGUGGAGCGUGUUUGUUUUGUGUGUUCUUCCCAGCCCCCCUCUGCGCUGCAUUUUACAUCCAUAGAUGUCAGUACUCCGCCCCUGGAAAUAUAUUUUACGAGGGAGGAAAGGAAGAGCGUCUAUGAGAGCCCUGGUUCGUUUCAGGCUCCCAGACAGUGAUUCAUCCCUUUGUUUUUUUUUGUGUGUGUUUUUACAUCCUGACUUGCGAAUGUAAGAAAUCAAAUCCCAAAGCUCUCACUAGAAUGGCUGAAAUUUCCCAGCCUGGAGUCUACAGACCUCAUCACUGUGGUGGUUUUUAUAUCCGUAUCUCAGUGUGUCUUUGGCAAACUAGCCUCGUGGUGUUCGUGUCCGACGGGGCCUCGCGGAGCCAGGGUCGUUAUCGGACACGCGGGACUGUCACACCGGUCCUGGUCACUCGGGAACUCUGCUGCCGCCUGCCUGGGGCGUGGGCCUGUUGCUCAAAGGACGCCGUCUUAAUUUCUCAUUAAAAUGACACAGAGCCACAGGGCAACAGCCGCGGACUCGGGCGUACUUCUUCAGGAGGACCACCCGCGCUCCUUCCCCGUGACUCUCACGGCCUUAACCCUCAGGACCCCCCAUCGUACAAGUGAGCUUCUCCAUUACGCUGUCUUAAAGCACAAGCAAACGGGGCCGGGAGUCCUGGAGCCGCUCCGUCUGCCGGGGCAGCGACGGCAGCUCGCUCCGGAUCACGUCUCUUAAACCUGCAGCGGGGAGACGGGUCCCUGCUUUGUCCCCUGCGGCACCAACCAGCCUUUCUAGAGCGAGAGGGAGCCGGAGCAGGAGCUGGAUCUGCCUCUUCUCACCCUUUGCUGCCUGCCAGGGUCUGGCCUGGGCUGUCGCGGGUAGGGUGAAGGCAGGCUCCCGCCCCGCGCUGCCAAACCUGCCUCUGUUCUUUGGCGUCGUCUGUGUGAACACAAAAAGGACCAAAGAUGCUCCUGCCGUUCCUCAGCAGCGGGGACGGGCUGGAAGCCGGGAGGAGCUGCGUCACCUCUGCCUGCUGCUCCCUCUGGGGCCGAGCGUUGGCGGGAGAGCGCGGAGGGGAGGCUGAGCUCAUCAAUAAAGUAAGCUGAAGCAUUUUGAUGUGAAUUAUCUUUAAAUAAAUAAUAAAAAAAAAAAAUCUGUAAGCCUUGCUCAGCCACCGGGCAGGCAGCGGCGUCUGCUUUGCUCUGUGCCUGCAGGGAGUUACGUUGCUGUAGGAAAA